CACGAUUUACUUUUCAUCUAUUAGCUGACCCAUUUCCCAGCCUCUUCCGUUUGCUGGUUCUGUUGCCUGGUAACUGCUCCCUCCCCCAGCUCAACUGUCCUUAGUUACGGCGCAAGCGGAGGUGGCAACCGCCAUUUUGUAAGAGAAAUGAGCGGGUCUAAGCGGGAGGCGGCUCUAACUGGGCAGCCCAAAGACGAGCGAAAGAAAUCGGGAGGGGGAGUGAUAAACCGACUGAAGGCUCGGCGUGUGCAGGGAAAGGAAUCCGGGACCUCAGACCAAAGCUCCGUCACUCCGUUUAGAGAAGAGGAGCUUCUGGGGUUGAACCAACUGAGACCGGAACAUGUUCUGGGCCUGAGUCGGGUUACUGAGAAUUACUUGUGUAAACCUGAAGAUAAUAUCUAUGGUAUUGACUUUACUCGCUUCAAAAUCCGAGAUUUGGAGACUGGCACAGUGCUUUUUGAGAUCUCUAAGCCUUGCUCAGAACAGGAAGAGGAGGAGGAGGAAAGCACCCAUCUAGAUGCAAGUGCUGGGCGGUUUGUGCGUUAUCAAUUUACUCCUGCAUUCCUCAGGCUUCGAAAAGUUGGAGCAACUGUGGAGUUUACUGUGGGGGACAAACCUGUGAAGAGUUUUCGGAUGAUUGAGAGGCAUUAUUUCCGUGAUCAUAUACUUAAGAGUUUUGAUUUCGACUUUGGCUUCUGCAUCCCCAACAGCAGGAACACCUGUGAGCACAUGUAUGAAUUUCCACAGCUGUCUGAGGAGCUAAUUCGACAAAUGACUGAGAAUCCAUACGAGACCCGCUCUGACAGCUUCUACUUUGUUGAUAACAAGCUCAUCAUGCAUAACAAAGCAGACUAUGCCUAUAAUGGAGGGCAUUGAGGAUUCGAUUUCUUUAGACUGUAUAUGGCAAAACAGAACAUUUCCUCUUGGAAGCAGAGAUGAAAGAUUGAAAAUGAUGGAUGCCGUUUUGGGCUUCUGCAUAAUAUCAGAUCAGUGCCACAGACAAUAGAAGUGCUGUCUUCGCAUAUUAAUUUUAAUAAGUGCUUUAGAUAGAACAGGAAGAUUUUGUAUUUACAGAUUUUUUUUUUUUUUUUUAAUUUUUUUUCUUUUGUGAAACAGGUAAUUUUUGUUAGAUUUUGUUUUAAUUUCCUUUGCUUUGCUCUUGUCUACAAUAGCAUUAAACCCCAACUGGUGCCUUUCUGGUAUCAAGAAGGAUUUGUCCUCUACCUGGUAACUGUUGUGGUCUUCAGCUGCCUUCUAAAUGUGCCUACUUUUCCUUUAAUCCGCCUUCUAUCUUCAGGGUUAAACAUUGUACAUAAUGUGUUUUGAUGGCAUUGGGGCCCUCUGGUAGAACUUUGGAGAGGAAAGCAUGGAAAAUACUCUGUCUGUGGCAGACUUAGCAGCUGUAGAAUGAAGUUGGAUAGACAAUUAAAGGACAAGUAAGCCUUUUAUUUUAAAAUCUCAAAGACUCUUAACAGUCCCCAGAAUAACAUACUCUCUUGCAUUCAGUUUCAUGCAAUUUCUAGGGGUGGAGCUUCAUGCUAGACCAGGAGCAAGCUGAAAUGAGCUGCUUGUGAUUUAAAAAUUGCAUGGGACUGAAUGCACUAGAAAUGUAUUUUAUUCUGGACACUAGUCAUUUUAGAGAGAGAGAAAAAAAUAAGGUUUACUUGUUCUUUAAGGAUGUUCAGUCACCUCUCUCCUUAACAGCACCACAGCUGUGUGUCAUUGUCCUUAAUUUAUAUAGGAAGGGAUGUGAAAAACGGAACUGUUUUAAGUCAGUGAAGGAUAUUUCUAAUAGACAGUUUGAAUAGAUUAGGUUAUAAUAGACUUUAGGGAUAGCACGCCUUUAUUCUGCUUUAUUCUUUGGAUCUUCUCGUCUGGUAAGCAAUAAUUCCUUUAUUGAAAUAAAUAAAUAAAUAACUGUCCAAUUUGGGUGAAGAGGAUACAUGCAAGAUAACCAGUGAUUAGAUUACAUGUACAGUGUUUUGGGCAGGCUUGUCUUCCUUUAUAUGUAUGAAUGGAAUUUACGUGUGGUAUGAGAGACAAUGAUGUUUUUAUUUUUCCAUGCAAUACAUGUGCAAUACCGCUUCCGUAUACAAAAGUGUAUGGUAGAUAAAGAGAGAUUAAAACUGGGAAA